AUGCCUGCCCGCACCGCCCCGGCCCGGGUGCCCACGCUGGCUUCCCGGGCCAUCUCGCUGCCCGAUGAUGUCCGUAGGCGGCUCAAAGAUUUGGAAAGAGAUAGCCUUACAGAAAAGGAAUGUGUGAAGGAGAAAUUGAAUCUCUUGCAUGAAUUUCUGCAAACAGAAAUAAAGAAUCAGUUAUGUGACUUGGAAACCAAAUUACAUAAAGAAGAAUUAUCAGAGGAGGGCUACCUGGCUAAAGUCAAAUCCCUUUUAAAUAAAGAUUUAUCCUUGGAGAAUGGAGCUCAUGCUCUCAGUCGGGAAGUGAAUGGAUGUCUAGAAAACGGGAGCCAGACAAGUGGUGAGGACCGCAGAGUGGCAAUGGCAGAGGAAAACAGAUCCCCCAAGCCUGUUUCCAAACUUUACACACCCAGAAGAAGCAAAUCGGACGGAGAGACAAAGUCUGAAGUUUCAUCUAGCCCCAGGAUUACAAGGCAAACUACCAGGCAGACCACCAUCCUAUCUCAUUUCUCAAGGGGCCCUGCCAAACGGAAACCUGAGGAAGAGCGUGAAAAAGCGAAAUCGGAUGAUCAUGUUGAGGAAGAAAAAGACCAGGAGGAAAAGAGGCGGAGAGUUACAUCCAGAGAACAAGUUGCUAGACCGCUCCCUGCAGAAGAACCGGAGAGAGUAGGACCUGGAACACACAUGGAAGAAGAGGAGGAAAGAGACGAAAAAGAAGAAAAGAGGCUCAGAAGUCAAACCAAAGAACCAACACCUAAACUGAAGUCGAAGGAGGAGCUGGACCGAGAAGGAAGAACAGGAGUGCAGGCCGAAACGGAUGAAGGAGACGAGAGGGAUGAAAGGAGACCCAGAAGUCAACCCAAAGAUCUAGCUGCCAAACGGAGACCUGAAGAAAAAGAACCGGAAAGAGUAAAACCACAAGUUUCUGAAGAAAAAGAUGAGGAUGAAAAGGAAGAGAAGAGACGCAAAACUACGUCCAAAGAACCAACGGAGAAGAAAAUGGCCCGAACCAAGACCGUGGUGUCCUCCAAGCCCAAUCCUCUGCGGUGCGUUCAGUGUGGGCAGUACCUGGAUGAUGCCGAGCUGAAGUACGAACAGCAUCCCCCCGACGCAGUGGACGAGCCACAGCUGUUGACAAAUGAGAGACUCUCCAUCUUCGAUGCCAACGAGUCUGGCUUCGAGAGUUAUGAGGCCCUUCCCCAACACAAACUGACCUGCUUUAGCGUGUACUGUAAGCGUGGUCACCUGUGCCCGAUCGACACUGGUCUCAUUGAGAAGAACGUUGAGCUCUUCUUUUCCGGUUCAGCAAAACCAAUCUAUGAUGAUGACCCGUCUCUUGAAGGUGGUGUUAAUGGCAAAAAUCUUGGCCCCAUAAAUGAAUGGUGGAUCACUGGCUUUGAUGGAGGUGAAAAGGCGCUCAUUGGCUUCAGCACCUCUUUUGCCGAAUACAUUCUGAUGGAUCCCAACCCAGAGUACGCGCCGCUGUUUAGUGUGAUGCAGGAGAAGAUCUACAUAAGUAAGAUUGUGGUUGAGUUCCUGCAGAGCAACCCAGACUCCACCUAUGAAGACUUGAUCAAUAAGAUCGAGACCACUGUUCCUCCUUCUGUGCUCAACCUGAAUCGAUUCACAGAGGAUUCUCUCCUUCGGCACGCCCAGUUUGUGGUAGAACAAGUAGAGAGUUAUGAUGAGGCUGGGGACAGUGACGAGCAGCCCAUCUUUCUGACCCCCUGCAUGAGGGACCUGAUCAAGUUGGCUGGGGUCACCCUAGGAAAAAGGCGAGCUGAAAGACGUCAGACCAUCGGGCAUUCUGCCAAAGAGAAGGACAAAGGCCCCACUAAAGCCACCACUACCAAGCUGGUCUACCAGAUCUUUGACACUUUCUUCGCAGAGCAAAUCGAAAAGGAUGACCGAGAAGACAAGGAGAACGCCUUCAAACGCCGACGGUGUGGCGUCUGUGAGGUGUGUCAACAGCCCGAAUGUGGAAAGUGUAAAGCCUGUAAAGACAUGGUUAAGUUUGGUGGUAGCGGACGGAGCAAACAGGCUUGCCAAGAGAGGAGGUGUCCCAAUAUGGCCAUGAAGGAGGCCGAUGAUGAUGAAGAAGUUGACGACAACAUUCCAGAGAUGCCGUCCCCCAAAAAAAUGCAUCAGGGGAAGAAAAAGAAACAGAACAAGAAUCGGAUCUCUUGGAUUGGAGAAGCCGUCAAGACUGAUGGAAAGAAGAGUUACUUUAAGAAGGUGUGCAUUGACUCAGAAACCCUGGAAGUGGGGGACUGCGUCUCUGUUAUUCCAGAUGACUCCUCCAAACCGCUGUAUUUAGCCAGAGUCACUGCGCUGUGGGAGGACAGCAGCAACGGGCAGAUGUUUCAUGCCCACUGGUUCUGCGCGGGGACAGACACAGUCCUCGGAGCCACGUCGGACCCCUUGGAGCUGUUCCUGGUAGACGAAUGUGAGGACAUGCAGCUUUCCUACAUUCACAGCAAGGUGAAGGUCGUCUAUAAAGCUCCGUCAGAGAACUGGGCCAUGGAGGGAGGCAUGGAUCCUGAGCCUCUGAUGGCGGAGGACGAUGGAAAGACCUACUUCUACCAGCUGUGGUAUGACCAGGACUACGCAAGGUUUGAGUCCCCUCCGAAAACCCAGCCAACGGAGGACAACAAGUACAAGUUCUGUGUAAGCUGUGCCCGUCUGGCUGAAAUGAGGCAAAAAGAGAUUCCCAGGGUCAUGGAACAGCUUGAGGACCUGGACAGCCGGGUUCUCUACGGCUCGGCCACUAAGAACGGCAUCCAGUAUCGCGUCGGGGACGGCGUAUACCUGCUGCCCGAGGCCUUCACGUUCAACAUCAAGCUGUCCAGUCCCGUGAAGCGCCCGCGGAAGGAGCCUGUGGACGAAGACCUCUACCCAGAACACUACCGGAAAUACUCCGAUUACAUCAAAGGCAGCAACCUGGAUGCCCCCGAGCCGUAUCGAAUUGGCCGAAUCAAAGAAAUCUUCUGUAUCAAGAAGAGCAAUGGCAGGCCCAAUGAGACCGACAUCAAGAUCAGAAUCAACAAGUUCUACAGGCCAGAGAACACCCACAAGUCUACGCCGGCCAGUUACCACGCGGACAUCAACCUGCUUUACUGGAGUGACGAGGAGGUGGUGGUGGACUUCAAGGCCGUGCAGGGCCGCUGUACCGUGGAGUACGGGGAGGACCUGCCAGGCGGCCUCCAGGACUUCUCUGCGGGUGGCCCAGACCGCUUCUACUUCCUCGAGGCCUAUAAUGCCAAGAACAAAAGCUUUGAAGAUCCUCCUAACCAUGCCCGUAGCCCUGGAAAUAAAGGGAAGGGGAAGGGGAAAGGGAAGGGCAAGGCAAAGUCUCAAACGUGCGAGCCAAGUGAACCAGAGACCGAAAUUCAGCUGCCCAAGCUGCGGACCCUGGACGUGUUUUCUGGCUGUGGAGGGUUGUCGGAAGGAUUCCACCAAGCAGGCAUCUCGGAAACGCUGUGGGCCAUUGAGAUGUGGGACCCUGCGGCCCAGGCGUUCCGGCUGAACAAUCCCGGGUCCACGGUGUUCACGGAGGACUGCAACGUGCUGCUGAAGCUGGUCAUGGCCGGGGAGGCCACCAACUCCCGUGGUCAGAAGCUGCCUCAGAAGGGAGAUGUGGAGAUGCUGUGCGGUGGGCCGCCUUGCCAGGGGUUUAGCGGCAUGAACCGCUUCAACUCUCGCACCUACUCCAAGUUCAAGAACUCCUUGGUGGUUUCCUUUCUCAGCUACUGUGACUACUACCGGCCCCGCUACUUCCUCUUGGAGAACGUCCGGAAUUUCGUUUCCUUCAAACGCUCCAUGGUCCUGAAGCUCACUCUCCGCUGCCUUGUCCGUAUGGGCUAUCAGUGCACCUUCGGCGUGUUGCAGGUAGGCUCUCUUGGGGAAGGGGGCAAAGCACGACCCGAGGCGGCGGCCAUCAUCCUGGCUGCAGCCCCGGAGAAGCUUCCUCUGGCCUGAGGCCACUGCACUUGCUCACUGGCCUGCCAGCUGAGCUCGGUGGACGACAAGAAGUUUGUCAGCAACAUAACCAGGAGCCCGCCGCCUGCCCCGCCCUGUCGUGUCACGGUGUUUGUUACCCGCGUGUUGUUGGGCCGCUUCUUCCUCCCUGAGCAGCAUUCUGGGCGUCGUGAGCGUGCGUGGAGUGUGCCUGCUUCCCAGGGCUUCCCGGACACCUACCGGCUGUUCGGCAACAUCCCGGACAAGCACCGGCAGGGUGGCAGGUUCCGGGGGAAAGCAGGGCUCACGGGUCACUUGAGGGACACGGAGCCCCCCGGAGUUAUUGGCCGAUUGGCCUCGGUAUUGCCAGUGGAAGGGGACGCCCGGAAGGAGAGAGCCUGUCACCGGGACCCAGAGCCCGCGGGUCAUGUGGUUAAUUAA